CCAGGUCCUCGCCCUGGACGUGAUGUCGCUGCUCCUGCUGCUCCUCCUCGGCCUCCUCUCGGCGCUGCUCCUGCUGCUCCGCUCCAGAAGAAGAAGAGACGGUGAACCGCCGCUCAUCACAGGCUGGAUUCCUUUCCUGGGAAAAGUUGUGGAGUUCAGAAAAGAUGCUCACAAAUUCCUUGAAGAACAAAAGAGUGAAUUUGGGGACGUGUUCACGGUGCUGAUUGCAGGUCGAUACAUGACGUUCAUCAUGAAUCCGUUGCUGUAUCCCAGCAUCAUCAAACAUGGCCGGCAGCUUGAUUUCCACGAGUUCUCUGGAAAGGUGGCUCCCUUCACCUUUGGCUACCCGCCCGUCCUCAGCAGCAGGUUUCCUGGCCUGCAGGAGCACAUCAUUCGCUCCUUCCAGCUCCUCCAGGCGGAAAACCUCACUCCCCUGACAGACAGCAUGAUGGGAAACCUCAUGCUGGUUUUCCGGCAGGAUCACCUGACUGAGGGUCCGACGGCGGAAUUGGAGGAGGGUGGCUGGAGGACGUCCAGCAUCUACCAGUUCUGCAAUUCGGUCAUGUUUGAAGCCACGUUCCUGACUCUGUACGGCAAACCGGCUUCUGGUGGCCGCCACAGUGGAACAGCAGAACUGAUCCAGGACUUUGUCGAGUUUGACAGCAAGUUUUCACUGCUGAUUGCUCAAAUCCCCAUUUGGCUGCUGGGACAGACCAAAGCCAUCCGCCAGAGGCUGAUCAACUACUUCCUGCCACACAGGAUGUCUCGUUGGACCAACACCUCCCAGUUCAUCAGAUGGCGAGCGGAGGUGUUUGAGCAGUAUGAGGCACUGACAGAGGUCGAUAAAGCUGCUCAUCACUUCGCCAUCCUGUGGGCGUCAGUGGGGAACACGAUCCCGGCCGCCUUCUGGGUCGUGUACUACCUGGUGAGCCACCCCGAGGCUCUGGAUGUCGUCCAUCAGGAGAUCCGUGACGUCCUGAAGCUCAGCAGCAUUGACUUCAGCAGCGACAGGGACAUAAGACUGGGCAGGGAGCAGCUGGACCAGCUCCAGUACCUGGAGAGCGCCAUCAACGAGAGUCUCCGCCUGUCAUCCGGCUCCAUGAACAUCCGGGUGGCUCAGGAGGACUUCAGGCUGCGUCUGGACAGCUCGCGCUCGGUGGACGUCAGGAAAGGUGACAUCAUCGCACUCUACCCGCAGACCGUCCACAUGGACCCUGAAAUCUACGAGGACCCGCAGAUGUUCCGGUUCGACCGCUUCAUGCAGGACGGCAAAGACAAGACGGACUUCUACAAGGACGGCCAGAGGCUGAGGUACUACCUGAUGCCGUUCGGCUCGGGCGCAUCCAUGUGUCCCGGCCGCCACUUCGCCAUCAACGAGAUGAAGCAGUUCCUGUGCCUGCUGCUGCUCUACUUCCAGCUCCAGCUGGAGGACGGUCAGACCCCGGCGGGUCUGGACCACAGCCGAGCCGGGUUGGGCAUCCUGCUGCCCAGCCACGACGUUCGCUUCCGGUACCGGCGGCGUGACGUCACGUCGCAGCAGGAGUGAUUGUUUCCCGCUCGCGAGCUGAGUUCUGAACGUUGUGUGAAAGUGAUGAAGCGACGGCGAGGCAACGCCGUGUUCAGCCAAACAAACAGGAACCUUUAAUUCAGGUUCAGGGGUUUCACGUGUGAAGGUUCCUCUGUGAUGUCUGAACCAGAAGGAAGGUUCCACGUCCUGGAUCCAAACCAAAAGAGUUCAUAAAACAUCCUGUCAGAACGUUUUCAGAAAUCAGUGAACCCCUUAGCAGCUCGCUGGCUCAGAAGUAUUUGGACAGUAACAUUUUGGCUUCUCCAUAAAUUUGUAGUGUUAGAUAAUAUCUGUACCCGCACCAUAGACGGUCCCAGUGGAGAGCUGCUUCCGCCUCCUGAGGCGUCGGACAGUUUGCCAGAAUUUCUUUGAGGCCAACCGAUAGUCCUCCUCCACGGCCUCCCCGAACUCCUCCCAGACCCGAGUUUUUGCCUCUGC